AGAGAUUUAUCCCAAGUUUCUUUCACUCAGCCUUCUGCUCCCAUGGGACUGCAUCACUCUAGGAGUCUGAGGUAGACGAGUGCGGGUCCCGACAUACAAUACAAACACUUCUCCGGCGCUCUACUGUGCCUGCCACAACUCCCCCCCAAACAACAACAAUCCAGGUUCCAAAUCUCGGGCGUUAGGAGACCGGCAUGGAGAAAAAGAAAGAUAUCCAUGUCCUCAUUUUCGGCGGGGGAUGUACGUUGCGGCUCCAUUGGCUCCCGUACCCCAAUUUUUCUUGUAUGAUACCCUGUUUAUUGACUUUCAGUAGGCGUGGGUGCCCUUUACUCCUACCUCCUAUCCAUCUCAGCACUUGCAAAGGUCCGCACCACGAUGGUGUGUGGCAGAAAUUACCCCACAGUCUCGGCCACAGGCUUCACCCUGUACAGUGUUCCCCGGGGUAAUCAUACUUUCCGCCCCACGAGAGUUUGUUCCUCCUUGGACGAAAUUGAGGACGCCUCAAUCUACGACUACGUCCUAGACACGACAAAGUCUCACCCCAGCACCUUCGAUGACGGCAAGCCGCCGCUCGCAAGGCUAUCCCUGCCGGAGACCACCCCAAUAAUCCUCAUCCAGAACGGUGUGAAUAUCGAAGAACCUUACCGCCUGGCAUUCCCCAAGAACCCCAUCGCCUCAGGGAUACUCUACUGCACCAUAUCACAGCCGUCACUAGGCGAGAUUCGUCAGGAGGGUAAAGUGAAUAGUUUACGAAUUGGCCCUGACUACCCGCUCCCCGAGAAAGAGCAGGAGAAGAUCCAAUUCUUCGGCGACGUCCUUGGGGAAUCAUGCGAAGUCACCGUCCAUCGGGAUAUCCGGUACGAGCGCUGGCGUAAGGUUGCCUGGAACGGAUGCUGGAAUACUAUUUGCGCCGCAACAGGGCUGGAUACUCAGUCCCUCAUUCAGAGUUCACCCCAGGCGAAGGAAUUGGUUAUCAAUACACUCCGCGAGAUUGUUAUGACUGCAGAGGCAGUGGGCAUCAAGAUGGAUCCGAUCGAUUCUCUGAUCGAAGAUCAUGUUGGUUGGACGCUUAAGGCCCCGCCAAUCGUGCCUAGUAUGCUUCAGGAUGCGCGAAAAGGGGUUCAAAUGGAGGUCGAUGUUCUGUGCGGGAAUAUUUGGAGAGCUGCGGAGAAGGCUGGCGUAAAGGCUCCGAACAUCAAGUACGUACAAAUUUACCUCGGCACCUCCUCGUGAUAAGUCGCCCCCACUGAACUGGCCCGCCCUAGAUCACUUUAUACCGUUCUUACUGCUAUGAACUGGCGUUUCAAAAGAUCAGCCGGGAAUCUGUAAGGCGCACACCGGUAGAUCCUCUAAUGUAGACGCCCUUUGAAUUUCACAUGCAUCCACUGGUGGUUGGCUGCUCAGAUAUCACUAUUUUCAUACAUUAUCACUCGCCUUCGCAUAGUUGGAACC